CACAAGUGCUAUUAUCUGAUUUGCACCAGUUGCUGAAUUACUUGUGCAUGAAAGUGCAGGCGGAAACGCUGCACACCUGAUUAGAUGUUCGAUAUUUCGAUAAGAGAUGGAUAAACGGAUUUUUUGAUCCGCCUGGGGAGCUGAAGAACAGAAAUGAAUCGCCUGACAGCCAUUCCCUAGAGCCAAUUCUCCUUACUAAACCCAACCGCAGACCUAUUUCCACCGACCUAAUGUUGGACAAACCGAUGAAGAUGAGUGGAAUCAUCCCCGAGAUGGAGCAGAUAAUAAGCCAACUCGAGCGUGGCACAGUGGUCACCAAGUUCUUCCAGCGAAAGAAGCCCGAGAAGAAGACGCUCAUGAUCCGGCGUGAGACGCGGCAGGUGGUGUGGGCGAAGAGUCCGACCUACCGGCCCUUCGACGGUUCCAUCGAGAUCCGCGAGAUCAAGGAGAUCGUGGUGGGGAAGAGCUCGAAAGAAUUCGAGAAGUGGCCGGAGGACUCGAAGAAGAUCGAGAACCUGCGGUGCUUCGUCAUCUACUACGGCUCUGAAUUCCGCCUGAAAACCCUGUCGGCCUCGGCCUUCAGUGAGAAAGAGUGCGAGCUCUGGGUGAAGGGCCUCCGCUACCUGGUGAAGGACACGAUAAACGCGCCGUACCCGCUGCAGGUGGAGCGCUGGCUGCGCAAGGAGUUCUACUUCAUGGAGAACAGCCGAGAGAUGGUGUCCCUCAAGGACAUAAAGAGCUUCAUGCCCCGAGCCUCCUGCAAGAUCUCCACGAACAAGCUUCGUGAAAUUUUCCAGCAAGUGGACACUCGCGAUCGAACAGAGCUGGGCUUCGACGACUUCGUCACCCUGUACCACAAGCUGAUGAUCGACCUGAACACCUUCGCCGACUGGGACCUGCUGCGCCUGAAAUACUCGAAAACGGGGAAGACGGUGACCCUCUCGGAGUUCCAGAGCUUCCUGACGAACGAGCAAGCCGACCCGCUGGGCUCGAGCCCCUCGCAGGUCUCGAAAUUCAUGAGGGAUUACCUCCAGGACCCCCAGAGGGACGUGCAGGACCCCUACUUCACCUGCCACGAGUUCAUAGACUUCCUGUACUCGAAGCAAAACGACAUCUGGAACGACAAGUACAACAGACCGACCCAGGACAUGAGACGCCCCCUGUCCCACUACUGGAUAGCCUCCUCCCACAACACCUACCUCAUGGGGGACCAGAUCAGCAGCGAGAGCAGCUGUCAGGCCUACGUGAGAGCCCUGAGGGCGGGCUGCCGCUGCAUCGAGCUCGACUGCUGGGACGGCCCCGACGGAAUGCCCUUCAUCUUCCACGGUCACACCUUAACGACGAAAAUCAAAUUCUUCGACGUCAUCAAGACCAUCAAAGAGCACGCUUUCGCCACCUCGGAGUACCCUGUCAUAAUAUCAAUUGAGGACAACUGCACGCUUCCCCAGCAGAGGAAAAUGGCUGCUACGAUGCAAGAGGUCUUCGGUGAGAGUCUGCUAACCCAGCCCAUCGACAAAAACGAGAGCUCGCUGCCUUCGCCGUUCGCCCUCCGUGGGAAAAUCAUACUGAAGCACAAGAAACUCCCCGAGGGGGUCGACGAGUCCACCUUCAUAGCGAGGAAUAACGAGCACCUUCCCCACGAGAUGGACCUCAGGAACACUGUGAAGAACGGCAUUCUCUACCUGGAGGACAUAGCGGAGAGGGAGUGGUACCCCCACUUCUUCAUCCUGACGAAGCAGCACCUUUACUACACAGACACCUUCUCCCAGAGUCAGGAAGUCGAGGACGUCGAGGAGGACGACAACGACGCCGAGGAGCGAGAGGCCGAAGUGGCUCAGUCCUCGUCCUUCAACCUAUCCGACUCCAGGAGCUUCUCCAACAUAACGAGAACGAGAAAGCUGAAUGGCCACGCAGUGCCCAACGACGAGCUGCAUUACGGGGAGAAGUGGUUUCACGGAAAGCUCGCGAGUGGCAGGGGCGAGGCCGAGGAGCUCCUGCGGAGGUACUCCCACCUGGGGGACGGAACGUUUCUCGUGAGGCAGUGUGUGACCUUCGUGGGGGACUACUGCCUCUCCUUCUGGCGGAAGGGCAAGGUCAACCACUGCAGGAUCAAGCUGAAGCAGAGCAUGGGGCAGACGCAGUACUACCUGAUUGACAGCAUCUGCUUCGACAGUCUGUACUCGUUGAUAACGCACUAUCGAAAUCAUCCGCUGAGGAGUCAGGAGUUCCUGAUAACCCUCAGGGAGCCGGUGCCCCAGCCCUGCAAGCACGAGGAGAAGGAGUGGUGGCACAGCCAGUGCACCAGGGGAAGCGCUGAAGAUGUCCUCAAGAGGAUACCCACCAAUGGCGCAUUUCUGGUGCGCCCCAGUGAGAAGGAGAAUAACAACAGCUACACGACGUAUGCGAUAUCGUUCAGGGCUGAGAACAAGAUCAAACACUGCAGGAUUAAGUUCGAGGGGCGGCUGUACACUGUGGGGUCCAUUCAGUUCGAGAGUCUCGUGGAGCUCGUCAGCUACUACGAGCGUCAUCCCCUGUACAAGAAGGUGAGACUCUCCUGUCCCAUCAGUCCGGAAAUUAUGAGCAGUGUGCUGAGCUCUGGGGACUCGGAGGGUUCUCUAUCACAAAUUCAUGAUAACGACGUGGACAGCGAGAACGAUUACGACAUGCCGGGGUACAUGGACCCAGCGGCGUUUCUCUCGAAGAUAACGGUCAAGGCUAUUUACGAUUACAAGGCCAGGCGGGAGGACGAGCUGACCCUCGUUAAGCACGCGAUUAUCACGAAUGUUCAUCGACAGGAUGGCGGCUGGUGGAGGGGGGACUACGGGGGGAAGAAGCAGCACUGGUUCCCGGCGAAUUAUGUUGAAGAGAUCGACUGCAUCGAGGGGCUGGAGGGGUCAGAGGGCCAGCAUCUGGAUCCCACGGAGGCGAUGCUGCUGGGGCACCUGCAGAAGGGGGCGCUUGACAUCACUGGGGCUGUCGUGGAGAUUGCGGUGGCCGACAGGCCGGGGCUGGAGUGGAGCAUCAAGAUCCAGAACCCCAACAUGUGCUCGGUGUUCGAGGCAUGCACACUCUCCAAGGACAUCGCCCUCGAGUGGGUGGCUGCCAUCAAGGAGACUGCACAGCACGCCAACGUCAGGGAGAAUCAGAAUAAGGAGAUUGAGAGGGCAUUGAGGAUAGCCAAGGAGAUGUCGAAUCUCAUCAUCUACUGCAGAUCUGUGGCUUUCGAUAUGGAGAGGAUCGCUGCGAAGAACUUUGUGUUCCAGGAGAUGAGCAGCUUCCCCGAGACGAAGGCUGAGAAACUCAUUUGCCAGCAGGAGCACUCGUUUUUCCUGAAGUAUCAUCAGGUGCAGUUCAGCAGAGUUUAUCCCAAGGGGCAGAGGAUUGACUCCUCUAAUUAUAAUCCUGUGGCCUUUUGGAAUGCUGGGUGUCAGAUGGUGGCGCUGAAUUAUCAGACUGGGGACAAGGCCAUGCAGCUCAAUCAGGCCAAGUUCAGGGAGAAUGGCAAUUGCGGGUAUGUGCUGAAGCCGGAGUUCAUGAUGCAGGAGGGGUAUUUUACGUAUGAUAAGAGGACUCUCAGGGGGGUCGACACUAUGAGGUUUCAGCUGAAGAUUGUGGGCGCCAGGCAUCUGCAUAAACAGGGCAGGGGCACUGCCAGCCCUUAUGUCGAGGUGGAGAUCGUUGGCGCUGAGUAUGACAGUGGCAACAAACUUACGACGAAAACUAUUUCUGAUAAUGGGUUCAAUCCUAUGUGGAAUGAAAUCUGUGAGUUUGAUGUUGUUAAUCCGAAUUUUGCGCUUCUGAGGUUUCUUGUGCAGGAUGAGGAUGUCUUUGGGGACUGCAAUUUUCUGGGGCAAGCUACCUAUCCGGUACAAUGUCUUCGAACUGGCUACAGAAGUGUACCACUGAAGAAUCAGUACAGCGAAGACCUAGAACUAGCCACUCUACUAGUGCACAUAUCAAUUACGAAAAUUCCUUCCUCGUCAAAGUGAUGAAAAUUUGAAUUUUUUCAAUGAGAUUUUGAGUCUUCUUUUAACGGCGAAAUUGUAUAUUACUGGUUUUAUAUUCAUUACUGUUAAUAGAUUAUGCGAGAGUGAAGUUUAUUAAAGAAAACAUGAGUUUAUAUUCAGAUAA